UUUCUUGCUUGUCGCGCCCACCGUACACACCACGAGCCCUCGCUCUUCCUCUGAAACUAUUGUAGGCAGGCGGACGUAGAGGCCGCCUCUGGGCUGAAACGGCAAGGGUCAACUGUACAAGGACUCUGUUGGCCACGGCAGGCACAGAAGUUGUUGGUAACGUGAUUUGCUGAGGGCAUCAACCUUUCUGUCCCCUCAGCUACAAGGCCAGCAUACGUGCAGGAGCGAGCUCGGGCGCCCUUCUGCUUGUGCCAGUCGCUUGGCUGGGGCUGCCUUCGCUUCUGGAGGAAAAGUCAGUGCACAUGCAGACGGAGCGCGAGUGACACAGCCCAGCACCACACGCCGCAAACGGUGGCCGACCUUUCGAUAACGCGUUGACCCGUGUCGACCGCCCCUACGGCGGGAACAGCCAGCGGGCCGGCACACCGCUGGUUCCCGGAUUGCUACAGGCGUCGAGGGCAGCAGCACGUUUCCAUUUUCUCGUCUUGUUUUUCUGUGUCGGGUAUCGGUCUCGCAUCCAGCUAUCCCAGACGUUCUGCGAAUCAGCAGGCGCCCCGCUACAACGUUGGGUUCGCAGGAGAGAAGAAAGCAGGAUACCCUGCCGGGGUGUUUCGGCGCGGCGAGAAUGACGGCGCAGUUCACGGUCCAUAGGAGCACCGGCAUGCGGCGACCAAAUUCGUCGUCCCGGAGUACCGGAGGCGGUGGCGCCAGCAGCAGCAGCAGCAUCAGUUUCAGAAAGGUCGCGCGGGCGUGCAUGUUGUUCUGCGGCCUGCCGCUGGCCAUCCUCACGUACGCGUCGAUGGGCUGGCGGGCGUGGAGUCGGAGAGGCGGCGCGAUCGCUUCUGCUUCGCGCGGGGGCUGCUUCGGGCCUCAGGAAGAACGAGCGCGUCACGGGGGUGGCGGCACCGGGGCCCUCCGACACAUUGCGAGCGCGUACCUCCAGUCGGACCAGCUGUUGGGGGGUGUGUGCGGGGGGCGUAAGGCGGUGGCGUUCGCGAUAUCCCUUACCAGGGAGGGGAACCACCUGGACGGCGCUGCCGUCCUUGCCGCUUCCAUCGACGCGGCCUGUGAGACGUCGGAGUUCCUUUGCGAUCUGGUGGCGUUCUUGCACGACGAGAUCGAGCUCGGGACGGAGAACCUCCUGCGGCGAUUGGGCUUCCGAGUAAUGAGACCCGGGCUUCCCCUAAACCUGGAUGAGAUCGAGGAUCCGGUGACAAGGGCGAGAAUUGCGAAGGGCGGCUGCUGCGGCCCGGCGGAGCUCAUGAAGCUCUUCGCGUACACGCUCACGGAAUACCACCGCGUCGUUCACCUGGACACCGACACCAUCGUGCUACAGCCGUUGGAUGCCUUGCUCGACGCGGAGGAGUCCCUGCUGUACACGCCCGACGUCAACAUGGGCAAUUCUUACACCCCCGUGAUGCCGGUGCAGGGAGGAUUUCUCGUCGUGCGCCCGGAUCCCGAAGUGUUCCAGGACCUCGUCCAGGUCGUCAAGAGGACCCCCUUCUAUCCGUCGAAGGGGUGGGCGGGCAGCAUGAUCGGGCUUUUCUGGGGAGGCGUCAACGUGCAGGGGAUUCUGCCGUACUACUACGAGCGCCGAGCUCCUGCGGGCGUCUCGUACAGAUCGGUCGACCGGAGCGUGUACAACAACAUGGUCGACAGGCCCAGCUGCCAGGCUGUCGACAUUUCCCAAGAGCGCCCACUUCACCAAUUGCCAGAAGCCGUGGGAGUGCCUGUACCCACAUCCGAAGCAACCGCUUUGCUCACGCCUAGCGGAGCGAUGGUUCGAGAUGCGAACCCUGGCGGAAAGCGCGCUGGGGCUGCCGCACAAGGAAGCCUGCCCGACGGGAUUUCGGUCGGACUACACCCCGAUAACGCUGCUAGCAACGAACUCUUCCGAAGAGCCUCACGGGCCUUGACCAGAGGGUCCUUGCGUGGGCUCAGGACGCCCAGGGGAUGUGGGGAUGAUUGGGGAUACCCCCAGAAAUUUGUCUUGCUGUAGUGCGACUAUGUUUGCGGAGCUGCAGUCCAUCGUGCUGCCGAACGGGCCGCUUUCUGGUAAAUAAUAUGGUCCGUUCGGGCAAAU